CAGGUCUUUCAAAGCUUUGGCUGCUGCUUGUAGCUACGCUUUCCCACAGAUUUUAACCUGUAAUAAAUGCUCUAGUGCUGUCAUAAUGUUACAUCUGUGCUUAAGGCAGCGAUGAAAUAACCCUUUGCGAGAUUUGUGGAAGAAUUCAAUACAUUUAGAGAAGUUGUCUCCUGCAAACCAAGCUGUGAUGCAUUCGCUGGCUCAGGAGAUCCAGGGCUUCUCCAAAAAACGCCUGAAGAAACAGUGCACGCGUGUUACCACGGUGACAGGCAGGAGGCUGCUGGAGAGGAGGAGUGAUGGGGGAGACGGAGAGGAGCAGGUUGAAGAGCUGGAGGAGGGAAGUGGAUGUGGAUUUGUAGAAGAUAAGAGUCUGGACCUUCAAGUCGGAGUCGUUAGACCCUUCUUACUGCUGGCCUCUCAGGAUGCAGCCCACGACAUCGACACCCUGCAGAGAUAUAAGGUGUCACAUGUGCUAAACGUGGCCUAUGGAGUCAACAACCUGUUCCCAGAGCAGUUGGUUUAUAAGACGCUCCAGAUCCUGGACCUCCCAGACACUGACAUCACUUCAUAUCUUGGGGAAUGCAGCUCCUUUAUAGAUGAAGCACGAGAACGGGAUGGCGUGGCGCUCGUCCACUGCAAUGCGGGCGUAUCGCGCUCCUCCUCCAUUGUGAUUGGCUACCUGAUGUUGAGGGAGGAGCUGUCAUUUGAUGACGCAUACAGCCAAGUGAAGCUGGCGAGGCCGUCAAUUCGCCCCAAUCCUGGCUUCUACCAGCAACUACAGAGCUACAAACCUUAAAGCUGACUUACCGCCACCUUUAAGUUGUUAUGGAGAACUUGUUCGUUAAAACGUUUACACGUCCAGCAAAUUCAGAGUUAAGUUCAGCAGUCACUCUUCUUCUAGCUCUGCUUUGGUCUCCACCAGCUCCUGAAGGAAAUAGCUAAAUGCUUCACUGUUCCCCAGAUAGUCACAGAUGUUCUGUCAGCUGUCGAAACAAUGAGCUGAGAGAUGCUUAAACGCUCUGUGGAGCUGUGGAUCUUGAGAAGAAGCAUUAAAAGACUGCAACACCCACAAUGCAGUGUUGUGCCAAAAACUGUUUUUCUGCUCUUGUAAACAUUAGAAUGUUUCUACAUAAUGUCACAAAAAUAAGGUCAAACUUACUUGAAGCUUUCAGUCACAUCUCAUGGCCUUCCUCAGUAGAUGGAGCUGCUCAGUUGUCAUAUGAUAAACAUCUUGUUUCUGUGCCAUGAUGGACGUUCAUGUAUUUGCUCAGUAUGUUUGCAAGGGUGUGAUUUUGAGCCCUUUUGUCUAAAAAUACAGUUUGUCAAUGAAAAGCUGUGUGUGUCUUUCAUUCUGCCCGUUUUAAAUAAAUAACAACAACAUUCCACUGCAGUAAAAGCUUUGUUAGGAAAACGAUUUCCUAUUAAACACUGUAAUUUUGGAGGCGCUUAUUUUCU